AUGGAAAUGAAAACCAAAGAUGCUGACAACACGAAUAAGGCUCUGUGCGAAAUUUUCAAAAUGUGGGGAUGCCCCUUAAUCCUCCAGAGUGACAACGGCCCUCCUUUUCAGAGCGCGAGCUACAUUCAGUUUUGGGAAAACAAAGGAGUCAAAAUUCGUAAGUCGAUUCCUCUAUCGCCCCAAUCAAACGGGGCAGUUGAACGCCAAAACCAAGGCAUAAUAAAGGCGGUGGCGGCUUCAAAACUAGAUGGUACAAACUGGCGACAUGCCUUACAACAGUACGUGCACAACCAUAACACUUUAGUUCCGCAUUCUCGUUUGGGCGUAACACCGUUCGAGCUGCUCGUAGGAUGGAAAUUUCGAGGUAACUUCCCUAGCUUGUGGAAAUCGACGGUUCUCGACUAUGAUCAUAUUAGAGAGAAGGAUGCGGUAGCUAAAUUGAUCAGUAAACAAGACGCAGAUGCAGCUCGCGGAUCUAAAAACUCGGCUAUUCAGGUUGGUGAUACAGUGCUAUUGGCUCAGCAACGAAAGGCGAAAACGGAUCCAACAUUCGGUGCAGAACGUUUCAAAGUAGUGGCCAGAGAUGGAGCGAAGAUCGUCAUCCUAAGCCGCAGCGGUGUGCAGUAUACUCGAAACAUACAGGACUUGAAAAUGGCUCCAGCUGAACAUCUUCUUGAAGAUUCGGACGAUAACGAGGUAACUGAUACGGCAGAACAGUCAAUAUUAGACAUCCCAGUGGAAGUCGCCCAUGAGAAACACUCAGAACUGGAUGCAGCAUUACGUUCUUCAUCGAAGAAUGAAGUUUUUCCACCAAACAGGACUUUGCGAGAUCGAACAAAUGUUAAAAAGCCAAUGCGCUUUGACGACAGAUUCAUUUAUUUGAUAUAUGAUUAG